UGACGAGUAACGCAAUAUCACGCCCCUUGUAAUAAUCAACAUGGCGGCCACCACCAGCUCGUCGCGAAGUCAUCAUCGGCUUCCAAAGACGAUCACACUUUACCUGGUCUUGUACAAUGCAGUGCUAUGCCUCGGAUGGAGCAUAGUUCUAGUGCUUGGCUCCCUUCAUUGGCUGCGUCAUGGCACCCAUGUAGGUCUUUUCUCUGCCAUCUCCAUCCCACUCUACAUCUUCCAAACUGCAGCAAUCAUGGAGGUUUUCCAUUGUGCUGUAGGGUUUGUAAGGUCUUCAGUAUUUCUAACUGGAUUCCAAGUGGCGUCUCGGUUAUUUUUGGUUUGGGCAAUUCUAUACAGUGUGCCUGAGGUGCAGGAUAGCAUAGGUGUUGCGGCUGCAGUGGCAGCCUGGUCUGUCACGGAAGUCAUCCGCUAUCUCUUCUAUGUGUGUUCACUGGUCAGUGUCCUGCCAUAUGCCUUGCAGUGGUGUCGGUACACGUUUUUCUUCUUUCUUUAUCCUAUCGGGGUCACGGGGGAACUAGUUGCCAUUUAUGCUUCUCUUCCAUUCGUUCAAAAGUCUGGAAUUUACAGCAUGGCUUUGCCAAACCCGCUCAAUGUUGGCUUUAGCUAUUACUGGUUCCUAAUCGCAGUUAUGCUUUCUUACAUCCCUAUUUUCCCCCAGCUGUACUUUCACAUGAUCGGCCAGAGAAGAAAAGUACUCUCCUCAGAGCCGCGUGGGAAAAAGGACUAGAACUAGUACUCAAGUCACCACGUGAUUUAACCGCACACUAGCCUAAUCCCAGGUGUUUUGACCGGGCUUCCUGUGCUCGAGGCAGCGAGGGGUUUGAGACGAGUUCAACCACACAAACUACGGCAGCCUGAUCAGAAAGCAAAAACCCGUGUAAGAACGACUGGUUAUUUAUACGGGUUUUGUUAAACGAAUAAAAGGUUUUAUGAUG